GAUCCCCAGUCUAGUUUGAGCCUAUGGGCUCGCCGUAGCCAACGUGGGUCAUUGACAUUGCCGUGGUCUUCCUCUAGUACGGUGAAGCCGGCUUGCUCAAAAUUAAUGUGGUCGUGGUGAUGGCUUUAUACUCUGUAUUGAGGUCGAUACGAGCAGAUUUCAGCAAGGUAUGUCUGUCUCAACGUGUCCAGUCAGUCCAUACAAGCUGUCCACUUACUGCCGAGAAAGCCCUUCUAGUGAAACUGCGCAAGACCACCGGCUACACCUUCAUCAACUGCAAGAAAGCCCUGGAAAAGUUUGACAAUGACAUCAAGCAGGCAGAGAGCUGGUUACACGAGCAAGCUCAGAAAGAAGGGUGGAAUAAAGCCACCCGAUUGGAGGGUCGGCAGGCCAAAGAGGGCCUGAUUGGUCAGCUGGUGGGCGACAGGGCAGCAGUGAUGGUGGAGGUAAACUGUGAGACUGAUUUUGUGGCCCGUAAUGAGAGGUUCCAGGAGCUGGUGAGGGACGUGGCGUUUGCCGCCAUGGCUCACCAUCGCAGAAGGGCCGAGGGCCAAUCCGGAUACGUGAAGAGACUCCUGUCUGCGGAAGAACUCGCCGCGCUGAGCGUGUCCGAAGGAGCUCGUCUCGCAGAUCUCCUCGCGCUGACCAUAGGUCGCCUGGGUGAAAACAUCAGCCUGAAGCGGGCCCUGGCGGUGGUGGUGCCGGCCGACUGGCACAUCGGCUCCUACGUCCACGGGUCGGGGUCGGGGGCAGCCGGCGUGACCAUGGGCCGGUACGGCGCCCUGGUGGUGUUCCAGGGGGGGCAGCCGGGCGACACGCAGGCCCUGGGCCGCAGGCUGGGCCAGCACGUGGUGGGCGAGGCCCCCGUCUCCCUGGGCAACGCCGACGACCUGCCGUGCGGCGAGUCGGAGACGCGGCUGCUGCCGCAGAGCCUGCUGUCGGACCCGUCCCGCACCGUGGCCCAGUACCUGGCCCAGGAGGGCGCCCGCGUCCUGGACUUCGCCCGCUUCCAGUGCGGGGAGGGGAGCGCCGCCGCCGACCAGUGAGGGGAAAACGCCCCCGCGGGCUUUCUGUCCGGAAUGUUCCUUCCUCCGCCCGCUUUAACUGCCCAGCCGCAAAACACCGGAGACGGAGACAAGAUGCUAUGAAUUAAUGUGCUGUAUGAAUUCAGAUGCUUAACACAGAUUAUGAAAGUGUAACUUAUCCCGAAUAAAACUUAUGUUGCUCUCUGUGUAUUUCCCCUUCAUCGACUUUUAAAGUUGAUCAUUAUAUCAGAAACAAGACAUUUAUUAUAGAAAUAUUAUAGGUAUUUAUAGAAAUGAACUUUUAUACAAUGAAAUUUCUCUGUAUAUGUAUCUACAGUAUAUUUUAUUUAUACUUUUAUGGUGUAGAUUCCAAAAAGUAUAAUAAAUGCCAUUUGAUAAUUGCACAAUACAUGAUCAGACAUUAUAUACAUUAUUUCAAGUAAAUGAGAUUGAUAAUUUCAAGAUUAAGGGGUGUUACUGAAAUUUUGGUAUAACUUUUUGAGAGGGACCUUUGGAAGUGAAGAAACAAGAAUCCAGAAACUACAAGACAUCUCACUAGUAAAGCAUUUAAACUGAAAAAAAAAUCAGUGUUGAACAGCAGUUAUGCACAGUAAAUACAUUCCUUGAAAAAGUAAUGUAACAUUGUACAGGUAAUUGGGCUCAGGUGGCUAAGGUUUCCCAUAUUCCAAGGACACAAUUAUUUUGAUACAUUUACUCUCAAGUUUCAAUCUAUUUCUGAAAGCCACAGGUGCCAGAAGUAUUGGCACCCUUAACUUUUAUUUGUAGUUAUUGCAAAUAAAAUCAAAGUGAAAUUGGCAAUACUGUAUUGUGUCAUUCCAUCACUUCCUGCUUCAUUAAAGUAUACAAAGGAGAUGACAAGUGUAAGGGUAAUUUUCUUAAUUGAUUCUUAAUUGGCAAUGUGUGUUAACAUAAAGACAAUCAUAAAUAAUAAAUUAAUGAUGACAAAUAACCUUUUAGUGAUAAUCCUUAUUACUAUUAGACCACUUUCUGAAUUAAGUGCUUACUAUGAGUCUUUCUCUGUCUCUCCAGCAGACAGACAGCCUUUCACCUUAAUGUCUCUGCUUCUCAGCUAGCACAUUCUGGUCUUACAGCAAGGUCAACAAGGGGUAUUUAGAAGACAAAAUACUGAUAAAUGUUUGUGGCCAGCUUCAUGUCUUUUUGUUUUGGUAAAGCCCCCCCUUCAGGAAAAGUGUGUAUAAGAGUCUUACUAUGUCUGAUUCAAAUCAGAAAGCCGGUAAGCUUUCUCACUUUCUGUCAUUUCUUUGCAAAUAAAUACGAAAGUUAAAUAGAAGAAUA